AUGUGCUCCUUGGAAGCUUCAACAGGAGCUUGGCGCGGUCGCAAGACAGUUGCUUGUUUUUCGGAGCCCGCUCACCUCUUGGCCUCCUUGAAGAGCUCAUACUCCCCUGUAGUCAUGGUGACGUUGAUGCGGCCAGACUCCUCCAUCUUCACGUUCCGAAACAGAUCAAGCGAAGAAGUUUUCACAGAUGACAGCAAAUUUGAUCCCAUCUGGAAGUGGUGCAGAAUGAUCCAUGGUGACAUGAUAGUCAACAAAGAGGAGGAAAAGAUAUCAUCAAUAAGUAGGUCAGGAAGGGGUCCAUGGUACCAUCCUCCCCAGAGCAGCACCACUAUUCGCGAGUUGGACUUCUUCUCAGGCGAGCGCUCGGAGACGGCAGCCCGUGGAGAAGAAACACCUAACCACCACCAUGUUUAUGUCAAUACUGACUUGAACCUCUGCACGCCCCACGGCGAUCAUUCGGCGGCGGACGGCAGAAGUAAGAGAGCGGUUGAAGAAGUGGAAGCGAACUUGGAACUGCUGGAAGAAGAGAACAAAUGGCUGAGGGAGGAAUUGAAGCAAGAGCGAGCCGAGUGCAGAACCCUCAAGAUGCAGGCAAGGCAGCAACAAAACCAAGGCAACGAUCAAUUGAAAGUAGUUUAUGGCAAAAUUGAGGACGUGAAGAAUACUGCUGAGAAUGCAAUUACUGUGCCAAUUAGGCAGCUGAUGAAACAUGUUCCACCGCACUUAUUGGCGUCGGCGGCAAGCUACGAAUUAGACAACGUGGAGAAGGAAGUGCAAUCGCAUUGUGUUUCUAGGAAAGCCACCAAGGGAGAAUCCGGCUCCAGUUCCAGGAGCAUAAAUGAGCAAGCUGAGGAAGGCCUUAUGAGCAAAGCUCGUGUUGUUUUUCGAGUUCGCUCGGAAGCACCGAUGAUUCCUGAUGGAUGUCACUGGCGAAAAUACGGACAAAAGAUGGCCAAAGGAAACCCAUUCCCAAGGGCGUACUUCAAAUGCACUUUGGCACCCAAUUGCCCCGUGCGCAAACAGGUGCAGAGAUGCGCCGAUGACGCAUCAUUGUUGACAAUCACCUAUGAGGGUAAACACAACCACCAGCUUCCCCCCGGAGCCAAGAAGAUGGCGGCAGCUACUACCUCGGCAAUGUCAAUGCUCCUCUCCGGAUCUAUGACUACGUCGUCGAAACCUGAGCCAGGGCGGUUUAAGUUUAUUUGA